CCCACUCCCAGCGCAUCUAUUCACAUUCAUGUAGACGCGCCUGUUGUGCAGGUAUUUCCUCACCUGCAGCGGGUUUCUGUGGACUUUCAAGUUGAAGGUCCGAGCAGAUGCUGCAGGAGGCUGUCUGAUGCUGUCUGCUCCUCACACAGUCACUGCUGACCCGCUAUGAAACCUUCCACAUGCAGGCUGGCCUCUCAGAGCGCCACUACAAACACCCUGCAUGCGCGGCCCUGGUGUUUCUGCGCGCCGCGUGUGAUUCAGGUUCGCUCGGAGGCUACAGCUAUGGACGUGUAACCAUAACAACUGUGUUCUGAUUGGCUCUCCUGGCACGGGAAUUAACAAGGGCGUCAUCCAAUGUGAGCGCAGGAUGCGCGUCGCGCUGGCAAAACCUCGUGAUAACCCAGGCACAGUGAUGCGAAAGUGGCGGCGUGAGGUGAGCCCGAAGGAAAUGACUGGAGCCAAAACAAAGCACGAGCAGAGGGAUGAAAUAUUAGAAAUAAACACGUGUGAAUGAUGAUGUUUUAACAGAGUGCGCGCGAGAAAACAUGUCCGGUGUGUCCAUUACGCAGUCCAUCAGCUGGCGCGGCUGAGAUCUCUCUUCCUCUCCUCUGGAUUGUGGAUUGUGACAAGUGCCAGGACAGCAGCCAAACAGGAGCAGGACUACAACGCUUCCCGGGGAUUGUCACUCCGCUGAUCGGGGAGCUUCUUCCACUUUUCGCCUGACAGCACACCUCCCCGGAGCCAAGACGUUGUUCCGCGUAGACCCGGGUUGCCCCAGUCCGAGCAGCGCAGUCCGUGUGGGAAGGUCGGCACUCGGCGUCCUGCAGGCCGGAGACAUGAUGGUCCACUGUGCCGGGUGCGAACGGCCCAUCCUGGACCGGUUCCUCCUCAACGUGCUGGACAGAGCCUGGCACGCCAAGUGCGUCCAGUGCUGCGAGUGCAACUGCAACCUCACCGAGAAGUGCUUCUCCAGGGACGGAAAGCUCUAUUGCAAAAUGGACUUUUUCAGGCGCUUUGGCACUAAAUGCGCGGGCUGUCUGCAGGGAAUCUCGCCAAACGACUUGGUCCGCAAAGCCCGCAGCAAGGUGUUCCACCUGAACUGCUUCACCUGCAUGGUGUGUAACAAGCAGCUGUCCACGGGAGAGGAGCUCUACGUGAUAGACGAGAACAAGUUCGUGUGCAAAGAAGAUUACAUGAGCUCCGGGGCCAUUAAGGAAGUCAACUUGAACUCAGUGUCGUCGUGUACAGAUAGGAGUUUAUCGCCGGAUCUGCAGGACCCAAUGCAGGACGACAUAAAGGAGACGGACAAUUCCACGUCCUCAGAUAAGGAAACGAACAAUAUAGAGAACGAGGAGCAGAACUCGGGGACCAAGAGGCGGGGGCCCCGGACCACCAUCAAGGCCAAGCAGCUGGAAACGUUAAAGGCCGCGUUUGUCGCCACGCCGAAGCCGACCCGGCACAUCCGGGAACAGCUGGCCCAGGAGACGGGACUGAACAUGCGGGUGAUCCAGGUUUGGUUCCAGAACAGAAGAUCCAAAGAGAGACGGAUGAAGCAGCUGAGUGCUCUGGGGGCCCGGCGGCACGCCUUCUUCAGGGGCCCCAGGAGGAUGAGGCCCCUGGGAGGCAGGCUGGAGGAUCCGGACAUCUUAGGACCGGGGGCCUACGGUUACUACGGAGAAUACCAAGGUGACUAUUACGGACCAGGAGGUAACUACGACUUCUUCCCCCACGGCCCACCAUCCUCACAGGCUCAGUCUCCAGCCGAGUCCCCCUACAUCCUGGGCUCUGGACCCGGAGCCAUGGAGGGAUCGGGCCACCACCCCUCAGACGACCAAAGGUUCACGGACAUGAUCUCCCAUGCGGAAACCCCCAGUCCGGAGCCGGGCUUACCGAGCUCCCUGCAGCCUGUCCAGGGGGAGGCAUACGGGGGCGGACCCAGUCCUCCUUUCUCCUUGGCUAGUAACUCCAGCUACAGUGCUCCUAUGUCCCACCAAGGCCCGGAGAUGGGAGAAACCACAGCCUGGUAAAGGAUGAAGCGCAGGGACCGUUCCUGGGCUGGAGGUCAGCCUAGUUAAUUCAGGAGAUGAAUGAAAAUUGUGGAGUGGAAAGAACUGGUGAGAUUUUUACGGAGGACUUUUUAAAAUCACGGACUGAUUUUCACAAUUGAAGGAAUCGAGAAUGGGACAGCCUACUGGAAAAAGUAAUAUUUGCUGCCCGGUAGACACUCCAAAGCAUAUCCCUUCCUGGAUUAUGGGACUUGAAUUAUUUAAAAACAAAAAGAAUUUGCGAUUCCACCCAGCAAAAAUGCUUCUCGCCUUCCCCUUGAUGUUAACGAAGGUAUCUUCUAAUGCUCUAGGAACACAUUAGAGAGAAAUGCCAAAGGGGACAUCUCUAGUUCUCUUAAUUUCUCACCACAUUUUUGUUUUUAAAACCGUUGCUUAAAAGCAUUAUUAAUUUUUUUCAUUCUGUUCAUCGCAACACGACCCUCAAUAUUAGAGACAAAGGACCAGGUUUUCAUACACGCUUUUACGUUGAUAUACGAACACGUAUGUGGCGAUCAAGGCACAAAAAACGUUGCUUUAAACAUUCUCCUCUGUAAGACAAUAUGUCAGAUCAAAGGCUGCUUCUUGAUAGAAACCACACACACACACACACACACACACACACACACACACACACACAGACAUGCACACACACCUCUGGCAUUGACUUUCUCUAGCACACAUCUCAGCUUUAAGUCCCUUAAUGCACAAAAAGCGUUCUUGAUCAUAGCUCAAAAGAAGGAUGUCUAUACCAUUAUUUCAAAACACGGACACAAUUAUACAGACACUUGUGCUCACUCAAGCACGCACACACACACACACACACACACACACACACACACGCACACACACACAAAUCUUACACCCAUCCAGCCGGCCCUGAUAGUUCUGCUCUGCAGACUGCUUCACCUGACCUUCCUUUUGUUACUGUCCCUUUUAAAAAACAUGUUUUAAUGGAAAUGAUUUUCAAAAGAACAUUGAACCCAUAAUGGAGAAUCUACUUCAACAGCUGAGGUCUCCUUCCUCUAAAGAGAGAAAACAAAAGAGGGGGCAGACAACAUCUGUGACAUUACCACUGUCUGCUCUGAAGCACUCAUUGCCAUCUAGUGGCCUUAAGACACACUGAAUUAAAAAAUCAGCUCAAAGCAGCAGCAGCAGCAGCAGCAGCAGCAGCAGCGUCCGGCUGUGUAUAUGUGAACAUCUCUGCGCUGUGGAGGACAAAUUCUUAUUUUUUUUUUUUUCCUUUAUUUCUAAAUAAUGACAAUAGAUAAUUCUGUAGUUUCAGGGCCAAGUGUCAUCAGGGCUCCAAUUUGAAAAGUCAGCCUUUGUGCAGUCACAUGAAAAGAAACAAUAUUUCCAUACUCUCCUCAUAAUACUGCUUCUGAAAGGAGACACACAAACCACGUUAGCUGAUAUUUUUCAGUACAAAACCUCACCUAAUUUUUUUUCCAUUUUAAUUUCAUCUAGUCUUUCAGCCAUCUCCGCUUCAUCGACACGUCUUGAACAGAACACAUCCAGCACGUGUAACGCUGUGUUUUCGGCCACACUGAUUUAUCUCGACUUGAAAUAUUGUUUUGAGAUCAUUUGCGUUUCCUUUGGACGUUGUAUAAGAUCUAGAGAGAAUGUGUCUUAUUUCUGAUGUAUUGAGAUAUUCUUGGAUACAAACGUGUGUGUGUGUGUGUGUGUGUGUGUGUGUGUGUGUGUGUGCUGAGUGCUUGGGGGUAUGCGUGCUCAUGUGUGUGUGCAUUGAAGGGGGGGAAAGGGGCAAGGCUGUAUUAUUUCUAUGUAAAUAGCACUGGUAAUAAAACCUUCUCUUACAAC